AUGAACUCUUCGCCAGUAGCAUCGCCGCCCAGCGGCAAAAAGACUGCUGAAAGCAAUAUGCUCUCAAGCAGCACAAAACGUACCGAGCGAUUGACGUGGACGCCCCAUCUUCGAAAGUACAUUUCGAACGGAUACGCGGAACACCCGGACCUUUAUACUGACGACUUUCGUGUUCUCGAUGAAUUGCGCAACGAUUGCAUUUACAUGGAGGCCAGUGAAAAGGCCUUAAACCGCCUGAUAAAAUAUUAUGCACAGCUUGUCUUCAUAGGAUCAAAAUUUCCAAUCGAUGUACGUAUUGCUCUUUGGAUUGAACAACAACAUCAGGCUUACAAAAGUGUACUCAAGUGUGUAUGGGACGGGGUGGGAAAACCAUUAGACAGGAGUGGAAUUUCCGUGGUAUCCAGUCUUUUCGAACGGAGGCAAUGCUGGUAA